CUCUCUCUAUCUAGUACUACUACUCGCUCGAUCGCAUGCUUCGCCUCAUCUAGCUACCUAGAACCCUCGAAGUGAAAAUUUUGGAAGCAGUUUUUGUGGUUUGGAAGAGGCUCUUAAUAAAGAACUAAGGCUGAAUUGAUUUCAUCUGUUGGGGCAAGUCAAGAUGGCACACACUAUUCUCCUUAUCCAGCCAGGCCCAGCAGAAACAAGAACCUACUCUGACUAUGACUCGGUGAAAGAUUGCAUGGAAGGAGUUUGCAAGAUUUAUGAAGAGCAUCUGAAGAGAUGUAACCCCAACAGUCCCUCAAUCACCUAUGACAUUGGUCAUCUGUUUCAAUUCAUCGAUGAUUUGAAGGAUCUCAGCUGUCUUGUGUUGGAUAAGAAGACAAUGACGUAUCUUCCUUGCAACAAAGACUGGGUCAAAGAGAAGAUCUAUGUUCUAUUGCGGAGGCAGGCCCUCAAAUGAUCAUGAAACGGAUUUGAUAGGAAGACCACAUCGUAUCGUCCGCACAACAAAGACUUUUUUAAGGAACAGAUUUACAAGCAGCUGAAGGAGCAGGCAAGCAGAUAGACGUUGAUCGCAGUCCUUACCUGUCUACAAAAUUCUUCCUGUUUGACGUUUUUACCGCAAUAUGUGUCCAUGUUAACAACUGGUGGCCAUUUCACUCUGGUAUUGAACAUUGGUUUCACAAAAUGCCAGUAAGCAUGUAUACAAACUGAUUGCAUUCAGAAAUAUUUUGCUUAGCGGGAUUGAGUUACCUGUUCAAGACCUUGAAUGGAUCAUAUUCAUUACUGCUUCCUGGAUUAUUUGUAUUUAGCAGGUUAUUUUGUUUAGUACCUAUUUCAGCUUGGCAUUUAUUAAAAUGAAUAACGAACCUUGUAAAUCACCUAAGGGAGUUGUAUUCAAAAGCUAAAUUUCUCAAUUUGUCAUGACCCUAGACCCCUAGACUAUUGAUAAUUUUGUUUUUCUUAAGGUUUGCCAAUACGUUGACAAAGUCUUUGUAUCCCAAGUUGAUGUGAUGCUCAACCAUUGAUUUAAGAAGUCUUUGUUGUGGUAAUGUAAGAUAACUUUUGUACAUAAUUUUUUACACUUCAACCUAUGUCUUAUUUCUGUAGAACCAGUGGUAGCCAACUAAAUGUUACUUUUCUGCAGUAUUUAAAAACAAUUUAUUUGUUAUCCGUAGUCAGUCUCUGUAUCGUUUUGGAGAACUAUAAGCUGGUUAUUGACCAGAAUCAUGCUGGAUUUUUAUUGUCCCUUUUUUAAAAUCUUAGUUUACUGAACAAGUCUUUUAGUACAACCCACAGAAUCAGGUGCGUGCUGUAAAUCUAAUAGUUCUGCUUGAUUAAAAAAACUUGCACUUUCAAUCUUUGACAACUUUUUAAAUUAAACUUAGACAUUCAUUUUGCAAAUACUUCUACAGUAUCAGAUAAUGCAAGCAAAGUUAGUGUGUAAGUCAUUUUGGAUAUCGGUAAAGCUUUGGAGAUCAUUUGAUUCUGUUCAAUUGCAUUUUGCCCAGACAUGGGUAAUAAUUGGAAUGACAAACAGUUUUUUCUAGUAAAAAAAAUUUAACUUAAUUGCUGCAAACAUUGUGUCCUGUUUUGAAAAUGAUAUGAGAUAAGGACUUUAAAAUUCACGACACAGCUUUAACUAUGUGUGCAAAGUGACAUUUUGACUUUCUUAGUUUUCUUGGUAGAAUUGUCUGUGUUUUUUGAGGGGUGUAGCUAUAGCAGUCUUAGUUUGUGUUACUGUAUAUUUCAUUGUUAGUAUUUAGUGUAGUGGUGUUGAAUAAACUAUUUCCUUUUAUAAACUUUAAA